CGGUGAGUUCACAUAAGUGAAAUAAGCGCACCCUUUUAUUGGCAUAUACAGUUUAUUGAAAGGAGUUGAUUUUUAAACUGUAAUGUAACUUUAUCUUAAUUACGUCACGAAGUAAAUUACAAAUGAUGAAAUGGUGCAUGAGUAUCGUGCUGGGGGCAGUUGUGCGAUAUCUGCUCAUGAACUCCGAUUACGCGACCACAAUUCAGAACCGGGUUGAAAUUGCUACCCCUGUCAACUCUUGGAAAAGAGCCACUGAAGGUGCUUAUCUUUAUGCAAACGGUAUAAACCCGUAUUCCGGAGACCUUUACCACCAGAAUCCAUUUGUUCUCGUUUCGGUAUGGUACUUGCUGCAGAAGGCCGUUACGUUGGUCGGCAUAGUUUUUAUUCAGUUUGAAAUAGGAACGAUGUUCAUGCUUAAAAAAGCAGCAACAGUUUUUAUCCGCGAACUGUACCAGAAGCAAAAGGUGCAUCGAAAUUCUUACGCGGAAGGAACAGCUGAGCUACAGAUCUCCGAAAGUGAUUUGGAAAGCGUUCCAUACUACGUGGCCUUGGCUUACAUGUUCAAUCCAUACACAAUCCUGAACUGCGUCGGUCAAACAACAACAGUUAUGAGCAAUUUUCUUCUCGCAUUAUUUCUACUAGGAACUUCGUACCGGCUUAGAUUCGUUGCAUGUGUCGCUCUGGCAUUGGAGACUCAAAUGAAUAUUUACCCGUGCGUGUUGAUCAUUCCAGCAGCUAUGUUCAUUGCGGAAAAAGAUAAUAACAAGUGGCUGAGUGUUUUCAACACCUGUUUUACUUUUUGUGCUGCACUUUUAUGGUUGAACUAUGCGGCAUUUAAGAUUAUGGGUGAUUGGAGCUUUCUAGAUGCGACUUACGGAUUCAUUUUCAACUGUCGUGAUCUACAACCGAACAUCGGCUUAUUUUGGUACUUUUUCACAGAAAUGUUCGACCAUUUUCGAACACUGUUUUUGUAUACGUUCCAAAUAAACGCCACCGUUUUAUACCUUUUCCCAUUGACCUUCAAACUACACAAGGAACCGAUAAUGCUUCUCACUAUGUUACUAGCACUGGGUGUUGUGUUCCGUCCCUAUCCCUGUGUCGGAGAUAUCAGCAUGUAUUUAUCCUUAUUACCAUUGUGGAAAUCUAUCUCCAGAUUUAUGGGACACAAUUUCAUCGUGGGAGCAACUAUGCUAGUCACCAGUAUUCUAGGGCCAACGGUUUGGUAUCUGUGGAUCUACUCCAAUUCUGCCAACGCCAACUUCUUUUUCGGUGUAACUUUAGUGUUCUGCACGGCACAAAUAUUCCUCAUCACCGACCUUUUCUUCGCGUUCAUCAAGCGGGAUUUCUGUCUCAAAAACGGAAUGCAAGUCAUCAUCGACGGGAAGGAAGCUAGAAUAACGUUGGAGUAGUUGCCUCUUUUUUCGAGUGCAGAAGUAGGAUAUCCAUAUUGAGCAUUUAUGAGUAACUUGUACAGUUUUCUACAUUAAAAACGUGACAAUUUGAAAAGAACAAA